GGCCCGCAGCACCGCCACCACCACCGCCACCACCAUCACCCCCCGCACCACAACCACCAGCUCAACGGCCUCAUCAGCCCCGAGCUGCGGCACCUGCGGGCCUCCCUCAAGGGCAAGAUCCUCGGCUCGGAGGCAGGGGCGGCCCCCGAGGGGCUGGAGAACAAGCGAGCCAGCAAAACAAUGGGCUCCGGACAGCAGCAGUCGUCGCCCCCCACCGCAGCGCCCUGCUCGUCCCCCCACGCCAACCACCUCCCUCCCCAGGGAAGGACUGCACCCUCUCCUCCUCCUUCUCCCCCAGCUCAAGGGGCUGGGGACAGGAGCCAGCCUGCUGCCACAACCACGACUGCUGCUGCUAAGACUGCAGCCCGCAAUGGGCUGGCGGGAGAGACUGGCUUGGAGGAGGAAGAGCAGGAGGAGGGGGAUGAAGGAGGGGAGGAGGAGGAGGAGGAGGAGUCCCUGCAGCUACUCUCCGGGUCCUUAGCAGCAGCCUGCAGUUUGAAAGGCUCGGGAACGGACUGUCAGCCCGAGGAGGACCUAACGAUACGAUACGUCCAGUAUGAGUCAGAGCUGCAGAUGCCCGAUAUCAUGAGACUGAUCACCAAAGAUCUGUCUGAACCCUACUCCAUUUACACAUAUAGGUAUUUUAUCCACAACUGGCCACAACUUUGCUUUUUGGCCAUGGUAGGUGAGGAGUGUGUAGGUGCCAUCGUCUGCAAGCUGGAUAUGCACAAAAAGAUGUUCCGCAGAGGUUAUAUAGCCAUGUUAGCAGUGGAUUCCAAAUACAGAAGAAAAGGAAUUGGUACAAACUUGGUUAAGAAAGCUAUUUAUGCUAUGGUUGAAGGAGAUUGUGAUGAGGUUGUAUUGGAAACAGAAAUCACAAAUAAGUCUGCUUUGAAACUUUAUGAAAACCUUGGUUUUGUGCGAGACAAGAGGCUGUUCAGAUACUAUUUAAAUGGAGUGGAUGCACUGCGUCUGAAACUAUGGCUGCGUUAGGAGACCCCAUCCCAGCGAGCAAGCGACGUCCCAGCAGCGCAGAGUUGUCCUUUGCAUGCAAUGCAAUUUGUCCCAAAUUGCUUUGCAAGGUGGACUUUAGUACUUUCCAUGCAGCUCUUAAACCUGUCAGUGUCCCAUUGAGUGUCGCACACAUUCGUUGCACUUUGGCAUGGCGCAUUUGUUCCGAAUUAAAGCCGAUUGUCUCAGACUCCGAGUCCUUUUGGUACCAGCCAGAUGUGCCAGGUGAUAGCCAAGAUAUGUUCAUUCAUUUGCAAGUCUGCUGACUCUUUAGGACAUCCACACAGUGAACGUUUUAUCAGAGAAAACCUGGAUGGGAAUGCCGCUUUUGGUUCCCGAAAAAUUCAAAAUAAAGCCAAUGUAGAUUGUAAAAUUCUAUAAGUAUACUAACAUUUCAUACAAAAAAUUGCCAUAGUUUUCUGGGGAAGAAGAAGAAAAAGAAAAAAAAAGGCUUCAAUUUUAGGUUUUAUUUUUCAAUAUUGAAUUUUUCCAUUCUUAAAUAUUGGUACCUCAGUGAUUAGUGAAUGAAAAAAUGUAUUGUAGGGUGGGGUGUGUGUUACAACGAGUAACCAUUAAAUUGCGUCUGCCAGUGCCUGUAUAGAUAAGUAUAUUUGUCUUCACCUCUAAGUUUGGAGUGCAUGCUUUUAUUCUUUUACUUUCUUCAGUUGUCUUUGCAAGGAAAAAAAAAAAAAAAUCUCCUUUUAUUUAAAUUCUGGAUUUGAUAAUAAAUUAUUUCAGAUUUUUAUAAUUCGGAUACUUCUCCCAAACAAGGGGUUGGAAGGCCCUUCUUAUAGCAAGAAGUGUAAGCUAUUUUGAAAACCUUGAGUAGCUGCUAAAAGAACCUGGUGGCACCAGUGAAUUUCUGCUGGGUUUGGAUGCACUUUUUUCAUUAAAAGAGCGAGGGACUUCUUUUAAAAGAAGAUAUAGAAAAAUUAAUGUAAAUUGGUAUGAUUUUUAUUUAAUCAAAAUUAUUGCUAGAAGCUCUGAGAAACAGCUAUUUUAAGAUAGUUGGAACAAUUUUUUUUUUCAGAUUCAGAUUGCUUUGCUUCAGUGUUCUAAAAUGCUUCAAUCUUUGGUUCUUGGUCUUGGAAAUAAAUUUCAAGGUGUAUCGUAUUCAUUUUUAGCUGCUCUCAUUUUCUCAACUUAACAUGAGCUAAAUUAUUAGGGGAUUUUUUUCCCCCUCUAAAAUCAAAGCAGCGGGGAAGGAAUUCUGUCUCUCUUUCUUGCAUUCACUCUUGCUCUGUUUUUCUCUAUUUUUUUUUUUCCUUUCUUUAUUUGGGCUUACAUAGAUUUUACAAAUACCCAUCAAUUUUUUCAGUAAUGACAGUGUCGAGGCUUUCUUGUUCUGUGUGAUUCCAUAGCCCAGAUCUAUGAAUCAGUUGGGUUGGUUUUUUUGUUUUUUUUGUUUUGUUUUUUUUAAAUAAAUUUUGAAAGACAAAAAUAAAAGUACUAGGUGACUUGUGGAAGCACCUCUGUAAUCAGAGAUUUCAGAGUUGGAAGGGACCCAUCAGGAUCAAGUCCAGCUCUGAGGUGAAUGGUCUGUACAGGGAUCAAAAGGAUGAACUCUCAGUGAAUUUGCUCCCAUGGAAUCGAGCGAAUUCUACAGAUUUGCCUUACUACACUUUUUUUUUUUUUUUUUCUUUUUAAGGUUUGGUUUGAGUCAUGGGGUUGGUUUUGGGUUUUUUUUUUGUUUGUUUGUUUUCAUUUUAGCUAAUUACUGUACACUAAAAACAAAACCAACAAAACCCCUACCUCCAGUAUCAUUUGGAAAAGAGCCCUGUGCAGGAAAACUGGAUUUGAGCAAAGCCGCCUUUUGCACAGACCAAUCGCACAUGGUGAUGGACAUUUCUUACCAUGUACAAAUCAUGAGUUGUAUUUGAAAAUAAAGAUUUUUAAUGGAAAUUGGCCCUGCUGAGUUUUCUGCUUGUAGAGACACCAUCUGUGCUGUCCAGGGGGUCUGUUCCCCUCAGAAAAGAAAACUCAUCUUUAAGAGGGUGCCCAAGACGAGGUGUUGUUGUAAGAGGGGUCUGUUACUCCCAGGACAUGCUGGAGCUCAGCCUAAAGCCUGUGUGUAGCCACUGCUGCCUUGUGACACAACAAAACCUCUUGUUGCCCCAUCCCCUCAGCAGUGCCAGUUUUUUUGGGUGGCUUUUCAGCAGUUUUGCUCAGUGUUAAGACUUCAAUGUUGGUAGCCACUCCAUUGAGUCAGGUUUCCCUCAGCUGUGGUGCAGGAUGUAGGGACUGCCCUGGAGCUGGAUCUGGGAGGUUUCAGACCUUGCAAGCAGCUGCUGGGCUUGAAUCACAAAUUGCAAACUGGGUUGCCUUGUGUGUCUUGCUGGGGUUUCAAUCUGCAAAGCCAGACAGGCAAGUUUUCUAUUGGUUAAUAUUUAAGCUGUGGGUGUCUUCAGAUUCAAAAGCUGACUUGGAAGUGAGCUGAAAUCUCUCCUCACUGCUAAAAAUAUCCCUCUGGAGCAAACUUCAAAUACAAUUCUGGUUGGUUAUUGUAAGAAGUGGUUGCUGCCAUGCCUGUGUUGAAAAUACUGAGCAAAAUAGGUGCAGUUUUUGUUUUUCAAAGAGCACGUGGCCUGAAAGGUUCUGCCAUGGCUGCUGUGUCACAGAGUUCACUGCAGGAGACACUGAAGCUGCAUGUGUUGGGUCCUGUCAAACAGAUUUGUUCUCUGUACUGCUUGGGAUUAGGAAAUCAAGUGAGAAGCCUUGAAUUUGCAUAGAUUUUCAAAAGGAAUCUAGCAAGGAAAUGUUGGUUAUUUCUCCUGUCUGUUGCUAAACACAGUUCUCUCCCCCUCGCCUUUUUGCAUUGACAAAUCUAACUAAGGAGUUGAUUGCUUUUAUAUUUAAAUUUGCCCAAAUGUUGCUACUGGCUGACAUGUUGGUCUGGAUGUUUGCAUUCAUUAUGUUGUUUUUUUAAGAAAUGAUCAGGUUCAUCACCUUCAAGGCAUCAUCAGAUUGGUGUUGCAGAGUAUGUCACAAACUAUUUUUCAGGGCACUGCAAGACAUUGCUACAACUCAGUGCUGUGUUGAAAAAACUUCAGGUCUUGUAUAAACAUUACAACCUAUGUUGGAGUUCAGGUAUCAGGUGGGCAUCUAUGAAAAUAGCAAGUGUAUCUCAAAAUACUGGACUGCUGUUUUGAGUGGAUUAUAUUCUUCUGUCCCUUUAUCCUUUUUGAUGAGAACAAAACCAGUGGGGUUACAAAAUGUACAAGUUGUCUAAAUACAAUGCAGUCAAAUAAAUGGUUACGUUGUUUAUCUAUUUCCUUUUCAA